UCUAAACUAAUCGUUGUAUUUCUUCGUCAAAUUACUGGAUAAUCGCUAGUAUCUUUAUAAAAAAGAAGAAGAAGAAGAAAGGAAGGGGGAAUGACGUUAGUUGUCGAAAGCCUGGCAGGUGCCAUAGCCGACUACGCUGUAUACAUAUUCCCUACUUUGAUUAUUCUUUAUUUUUUUCGAAACUACUUUUAUAAUGGUCUGAACCAAUACCCGGGCCCGAUUUGGGCAAAGUUUUCAAAUCUAUGGCGCUUUUUGGAUGUAUCCCAUCGAAGACCGGAUAUCACACAUCUUUCUUUGCAUCGCAAGUAUGGUGAUGUUGUGCGUCUAGGGCCGGAUACUCUCUCUUUCGCCGACCCCGCUGCGAUAAAGACAAUUUAUGGCUUGAAUAAGGGGUUUGUUAAGUCAGAAUUUUAUCCUGUUCAAAUGACGACCUCUAAAGGCGAGCCCCUGCCAUCCCUAUUCUCGACACUAGACGAAUCAUACCACGCGAGUUUACGUCGGUCAGUGAACCACGCCUUUUCAAUGACGUCGCUGGUGCAAUACGAGCCCAUGGUCGACGAAACUACCCAAGUAUUUCUCAAUCAAACAGCCAAAUUAUACGCCUCGACUGGUGAAAUUUGCGACUUCGCACGGUGGUUGCAAUUCUUUGCCUUUGAUGUUAUAGGGAAUAUCACAUAUAGCAAACGCCACGGCUUUAUUGAGAAAAAUGAGGACAUCGAGGGGAUUAUCAAGUCUCUCUCACGUAUAUUUGAUUAUGCGGGCGUAGUGGGUCAGAUGCCUUGGUUAGAUAAGAUGUGCUGGAAGAAUCCCCUUUUCGAUGUUUUGCAGAAAUGGGGCAUUAUGGAUAAUUCGCAUCCAGUAGCAGUGUUUGCGCGUCAGAGGAUGCAAGAACGCAUGACAACUGACACUGAUAAUCAAAAGCCACCAACUAAACCAGGGUAUAAAGAUGAUUUGUUGACAAUGUUCUUAAAAGCGCGCGAAAACCGUCCGGAAUUUAUGACCGAAAAACGUGUUUUAACCAUGGCAACAUCCAUGGCAUUCGCCGGGUCUGAAACCACAGCUAUCAGCAUCGCAGCUGUGUUUUAUUAUCUGCUGAAAAAUCCCUCGUGCAUGAUUCGCGUGCAAAAGGAAAUUGAUGACGCUGUUCGGGCCGGUAUAGUUGAGAAUCGUUCAACUGGGUUGGUCUCCUGGAUCGAGUCCCAGAAACUACCCUAUCUAGACGCGUGCGUCAAAGAAGCCUUCCGUAUGCACCCGGCCGCCGGACUACCCCUUGAGCGAGUUGUUCCACCAGCUGGCAUCGAGAUAGCUGGUAAUUUCAUCCCUGGUGGGACGAUAGUCGGUUGCAAUGCAUGGGUGAUUCAUCGCCGGCAAGAGGUCUUUGGGUCGGACGUUGAUAACUAUAUCCCAGAGCGCUGGUUGACAGCUUCUGACGAGAAACUUAAGAUUAUGAAUACUACCAUGUUUCAAUUUGGAGCGGGGAGUCGCACGUGCAUUGGUAAGAACAUCUCCUUAAUGGAGAUAUACAAAACCGUGCCGAGUGUCUUGAGACGGUUUGACAUUCAGCUAGCAUAUCCCGAUGAAGAAUGGAAGCUAUGGAAUGCUUGGUUUGUCAGGCAACACAAUUUCAACACCAUUUUCAAAGAAAGAGCCACUCGAGUUUGAAUGAGACAAGCUAAUAAUUCAGAAAGCUCAGUAUAUCCGAAUAUGUAUGUUGAGACGAGGUGUUCAAAGGGAUAAUCACGAAUUCCCGAAGUCUUCUCAGAAUUGCAUCUACCAUGGCUGGGAUGGUCCUGGUGAAUACUGUAAUAGAGUAUACCGUCGAUGCAGCGAUUCCAAUGCCCAAAUCUAUUUGUUGCGCAGUCCAAUGAGUAUGUAAGGUUGAUAUUGAAUUAAUGUUGACUUGAAGGAGAAAAGGCUCUGUUUGCGAUAGGUGCACGAUACUAAUUGGUGUUAUCUGCUCAUUAAUUCUUUUCAGCAAACAUAGCAUAGGAGCACCAUUUAGG